AAUUUAAAUAAAUAGGCGAUAUAGUGGGUGCUUGGGCUCAAGGUAAUCGAGCACCGGAUGAAUUUAUUAUUGUUGGAUUUGAACGAGCUGUUUAUCCAGAACAAAUUGAUAUAUAUGAAACAUAUAAUCCUGGUGCUGUUAUUCGAGUAUCUGCACGUAAUGGAAGAGAUAAUACUGAUUGGGAAACUGUUUGGGAAACAGAAGCACCACAUGUUGAAGCUCAAUCUCGUAUUUUUUCUCUUCCAUGUAGAAAUCUAUCAUGUGGAGAAAUAAAUCAAAUUCGUCUUGAUGUUAAUUGUAGUGCAGUUGGAAAUUGGUGUGAAAUUGAUUGUAUUAAAUUAAUUGGAUAUAUAUCUCACAAUGAUAUUUCAUAUAAAGAAUUAGCAACAAAUUUAAAACAAUUACUUCUUGAUGAUAGUUUAGCUGAUGUUACUUUUCAACUUGAUAAUGGACAAACAAUUUCAUCUCAUCGUAAUAUUCUUAGUAAUCGAUGUAUUUAUUUUGCUGAAUUAUUUGACGAAUAUCCAUCGAAUAUUCAAGAACCAAUAAAAAUAAAAAAUACAUCAUACGACGCAUUUUAUCAAAUACUAUAUUUUAUUUAUACGGAUACACUUGAACCUGUAGUAAAUUAUGAAACAUGUCUUGAAUUAAUGCGUAAAGCAGAUGAAUAUUAUUUAAGUCCAAUGUAUAAAGAAGCAUUCAAUAUUUUAAAGAAAACUAUUAAUAAAACAAAUGUAUUAAAAUUAUAUACUCAAUCGGGUCUUUUUUCAACAUCAUCAAAUGAUAAUCAACAAGAUGAUAUAAUUCUGACUGAUGUUGUUGAUUUAUGUGUAGAAUUUAUUCGAAAAAAUCGUCAAGAUGUUUAUUCUAGUGACCAGAUGCAACAAUUAACAAAAGAUAUGUUAUUACGACUUAUUCAACUUGUUCAGUGA